AGCUGAAGCAACAGUUGGACGCUAUCAACAGGCGGGAACGCGCGGCUUUUGCGCCAUUUUGUAAACAAAAAACAUUCGUACACUUUUUUUAUUCAGUGAAACAAUGAAUUACACUAAUCAAAGUAAAGCUAACAAAUUCGUGUGUCCUAAUGACCGCCAGCUAUCUUUGAGAGCUAAACUGCGCACGGGGUGGAGCGCGGCCCGCAGCGAGCCGCCGCUCACGCCGGACGAGCGCGAGGCCAUCGCCGAGGUGGUCCGCCGCGCCGAGAGGCUCGAGGAGGUGGAGGCCAAGCGGGUGGGCAAGCUCGUGUCCAGGCUCGAAGGCAUGCGUCGCUCGGCGCAGGGCCCGGCGCCGCGCUCGUGCCUGCUCUGUGGAGAGACGCCGCGGCUGCUGGCUCCGCUGAGGACCUGCAGCGUCUGCCGCAACGCCGCCUGCCCCAAGUGCGUCAUUGAAGGACCUCCACACCGAUCACCGCUCUACUCGCGCGACCAGUACAUGUGCAACAUCUGCGCAGAGACGCGUGAGAUGUGGAAGAAGUCAGGCGCGUGGUUCUUCAAGUCCUUGCCCAAGUACAUCCUGCCAGAGAAGCGCACCACCGGCCGGUACCACGACACCGAGCUGUCCCGGUCUUUGCAGCAAGAGGCAGGCAACAGCAGCAACGAAGGCAAGACUGACUCGGAGCCCGGGUCCCCGCUGAGCGUCAGCGCGCCCGCCUUCUCCCGCCAGCCCAGCCACACCAGCCAAUCAGAGAGCCGCAAGUCCGUCAUACUGUCUCCUCACGACACCCACCGAGACUCCUGGUCCGAGACCGACAUCCUCACACACGGAGUCAGCGGGCUCAGCCUGCAGCGCGUGGACAGCACGCAGCGCCCCCUGGCGGCGCUGAAGAGAACCGGCAGCAAGGGCAGCGCCUACAGCCUGCGCAGCCUGCGCAAGGAGGGGAAACCUGCGCCCGUGGAGCGAGCGCCGACGAUUCCGGACGCGGGGUUCGGGACUUUGGAGGUGAAGUUGUCGUACGACAGCGGCACGUCAUCCCUGGCGGUGACGGUGCUGCGCGCGCGCGGGCUGCUCGGCAUGGACAUGACCGGCCUGGCCGACCCCUUCUGCCGCCUCGAGGUGUUCCCCAGGGAGGGCACCUACUCCAACCGACUGCGCACGAAGACCGUCCACAAGACCAAGAACCCGGAGUUCAACGAGAGCCUGCACUUCUUCGGCAUCACCGAGUCCGACCUGGCCGUGAAGACCCUGGAGAUUGUGCUCUUCGAUGAUGACAGAUAUGGUUUCGACGAGAUGGGGUCAGCCACCGUCCCGCUCCGGGAGUGCGCUAAGGCUCCCUCCCAGAUGCGUCUGGCGCUGACGGGGCCUUCAGGCGUGGAGCCCACCGGCCCGAGGGUGCUGCUAGCUCUGGCCUACAGCACCAAGCGGCGGGCGCUGGUGGUCACCGUGUGCAAGGGCGCUGAUCUACCGUCGCAAGACAGCAACGGGUAUUCGGACCCGUUUGUUAAAUUGCAUCUGGACCCCGACCCUUACCACAAGAAGCACAAGACAUCCAUAAAAUGGCGCAACCUGAAUCCAGUCUGGAACGAGGAGUUUCUAUUCGAGACUCGCCCCACCGAGCUUUCCCGCCAAAAUCUGACACUGACAGUUUGGGACAAGGACUACGGGAAGGCAAACGACUUCCUCGGAAGUCUGGUCCUUGGAGCCAGCAGCAAGGGAAGGAGGCUGAAGCACUGGAUGGACUGCAUCCGGUUUCCAGACCAUAGACACGAGCAAUGGCACUCCUUAACUGAUACACAGCAUUUGUAAACGUGAUAAAAAUGCAGGGCUAUGAAUGAAAAGAUACUGUACUUAGGUAGAUUUUUAGAAAAGUGUUAUGUAGGUAUUAAAAAGCUAUAGAUAAAUGAAAAAAUAUGCGGAUUGCAUGUUAUGUUGUAGGUGCAUUUAAAAUUUAAACGAAUUUAUUGUUAAAUAUACAUCACAAAGAAUUACUUUUUACGUUAAAUGUUGUUAAAAGUACUUAUAAAUAGAGAAUAACUGAUGUGGUACGACCGCGUAAGUACCUAAGUACACACGUGAAGGUGAAGUGGAUUUGACUUCCAACCACCGUGGAUUAAAGAGGUAGAUAGUUCGGAAGAUUGUGCCAAAAUUUAUUGCGAUUUUAAACCAAUGUAAAUGUAUCUUCUAAAUAGUGUGAUCUGUGCCACACAUUUAGAUGAUAUUGGUAGAUAUACCUACCUAGGUUUGAUCUUUAUGAAAAUAUAUAUUAACGUAACAUAUAAAAUGCUAAUUAUAUAUUAGGCAUGUAGAUGUAUAGAAAAUAUUAAAACAUAUUAUAUUAUUAUUAAAAUUUA